AUGGCCAUUUUAGAGGAGAAGAGUGCACAGCAAAGCCGCUUAUUACGACGACAGACAACGUCUACCACCACGUUGGCAACAGUGGUUACUACAUCUUCGAUGGAAUCGGAUGACUCUGAAAUUACCAGUGUAGAUAUUUCUACCCAGUCGGCAAGCGUUAAUGUUCCUACACAGACUCAAACUGCGGUAAAUGUUGUAACAUCAAGCACUACCACCACUACCACCACUACUACCAGCUCAACAACUACAGCUGAAACGCAUGCAACCACUACGGGCGCCUACAUCACGCAAGUACCCACAUCAAGUACAACUAGUGGCUAUAUCACGCAAGUACCUACUUCAAGUACAACUGGCGGCUAUAUCACGCAAGUACCUACGUCAAGUACAACUGGCGGCUAUAUCACGCAAGUGACUGCAUCAACUACAACUGUCGGCUAUAUCACGCAAGUGGUUACAUCAAGUACGAUUGCCGCCACCACCACGGGCGGCUAUGUUGUGCAAUCAACCACUGCUGCAACCUCACAAUCGACAACUGACUCUUCAGUCUUUGUAGUUCAAUCGAGUACUACUGCAGCCAACAAAAGGACAACGACGCCAAUAAUCAUGACUGCGAGUGAGACUGGCCAAGCAACCGCAACCUCUACUGCUUAUGUGACGCAGUCUAGCUCCGCCACAGGACGGACUACAGUCUCAUAUUUGACAAGUCAUGAGAGCGUCACUCCAACGUUUACUGCCAUCAUCGCUGACAUUACGCAAUCAGCAACAUUUUCCGACGCGUCGAUACAUGCCACGUCUGCUGAGGAUGUUACGAUGGCAGUCACGUUGACAGGGUCGUCUCCGGUACUGGUGAUUAACACACAGACUUUCACAGAUUCCACGGGUGGCCUAUCGACGUCUAUUGUUUCUUGGACCUCCUACGUCGACAUCAGCGUAACAACGCUGGUCGCAGGCCAGUCCCAGUCAGGUUCAAGCGUCCCUCUUCCGUCUACUCCUCCGGACGAGCAAAGAUCAUAUGAAGUGGAGCUAGGAUUGGCACUAACAAAUACUCAAUAUUUUGAAGCCAUGUACUUACCUGUACUUGUAGCGGUGCUUCUGAAGCUUAUCUGGAGUAUGGUAUUCGCGGCUACCAAGUUGAUGGAGCCUUUCUAUCUCCUCAGCCGCGAAGGCGGGGCGUCCGCGAAGGACGCACUUACGGCCGACUACCUCUCUUCUAGCCUGUCCCUCAAUGGCUUGAAGACGAUGUUUAGCAGUCAUCCCGUGAUGCUGCUAGCCAGCUUUGUAUAUCUUCUGACUAAUGUUCUACCAGCAUUGGCAACGCAAUCUACCACUGUCCGGGCAAUAGCUUGGUGCGCUUCGGACACGAUUCCGCUACGGUGCAACCCCAUGUGGUAUCUCAAUAUUCCAAUGGCUCGAGUUCUGCAGGCCUUUCUUGCUACGAUCGCCGGAAUCAUUACUUUAUUGGCGAUAUUGUCUGCUCGGCGAGAAAGUGGCGUGUUUUCCAACCCAUCCUCAUUGGCUACAAUGGCAUCAAUUCUCAGCAACGAUGACCUCGUAUACCACUUGCAGUGUAUUCCGCAAGGGGCGAGUCGCUCCUUGUUGCAGAGUCAUCUAAAUUCUCACAGCUACACUUUGGCUCGAUAUCAGACGAGAUCAGGUUGCAUACGGUAUGGUGUCGCCAGAGCUGCAGCAACUGGAUCGACUACGAGGGCAAGAAAACACGGCCAGCAACGCUACUCUGCCGUGUCGAACCCCUCCAGACACAUGCGUUCUCCAACCACUUCAAAAAGCACGUUUUCCAAUAAAUUUCUACUUGAUACAAUAUUUCUCAUGUCAAUCCUGGGUCUUCUAGCGGUACUCGUAGCCUACUACCUGACAGGUGGAGAGAACCCAUUCAACAAUUUCUUCAAUCAUCACAAAGAAAGUCGAUUGGUUCUUACACUCAUUGCUGGCGUCGUUGACGGUCAUUGGAAGCAGCUGGAACGAGAAGUCCGCAUAUUGACUCCUUUUCGACGACUAUAUCAAGGGUCUGCAUCUCCAACGUCCACCGUGUUAGCGACCCAGAACGGCACGCCGAUCACGAGUCUGCUUACCGCAUUGUGGCGGGGCAAUCUUUUCCACGCCCUGGUGGCACUUGUCGCCACUCUUUCCGACGUGCUCAUCGUCACUAUCGCUGGAGUUCCGUACUCCUCGGCCCAGACGUGGAUGGAUUUUGUGGUUUGUAUCUAUACGAGCUGGGCUAUCUUGUCGAUCAUGUCAAUCACGGUCAUUGCGAUUUUCAGAUGGAGGGCAUUGAAUGAGAAAAUGAUGAUACCUAGUGAGCCUGCCACACUUAUUGAUGUAUGGCUCAUGCUUUGUAAUGAAAACAAUGGCCUUCGAGAGGAUACUCGGGGCUUCGAAAUGAGUGAUGGGAAAGAAAGGGAUGAGAUGAUCAAAAGAAGUGGCAGGCGUUAUUGGGGCGGUUGGUUGACGCAACCAGAAGGAUUGCAAAGGUGGUGUGUGGAACGGGAAUGA